CGGAGAGUGUGUGUGCGUGGAGGUUGGGGUGGCUCCUGGCUUUAGGGCUGUGGGAAGAGGGCCAAAGCUCUGUCCGAGACACUUUUUAGUGUGAACCCCAAGAGCCAGCUCUCUUUCAGGCCAGAGUUGGGGUGUUUCUCCAGCUGCUUCCCAGCAGACAAGAGGGCCUGCGUGGAGCCUCUAGGCCCGCCCCUAGGCUGCACUCCCCCACGUCCACAAGUCGUGGGUUGCGGACACCAAUUUUUAACUGAAUCCGUUGAUCAUUAACAGUGGGAAAAAGGAGUCCAAACUCAGUUCCCCUGUGGCUGUAGACAGCUGGGCCUCAGGCCUCCUGCAGAAAUGUUAGGCCCCCAAAUCUGGGCCUCCAUGAGGCCGGGGUUGAGCAGGGGCAUCUCUAGGAAUAUGAAGGGGAAGAAGGUGGACAUUGCCGGUAUCUACCCAGCCGUGACCACCCCUUUUACCGCCACCGCAGAGGUAGACUAUGGGAAACUGGAGGAGAACCUGAGUAAGCUGGGCACCUUCCCCUUCCGAGGCUUCGUGGUCCAGGGCUCUACUGGAGAGUUUCCGUUCCUGACCAGCCAUGAGCGCCUGGAGGUGGUGAGCCGCGUGCGUCAAGCCAUACCCAAGGACAAGCUCCUGUUAGCCGGCUCCGGCUGCGAGUCCACUCAAGCCACAGUAGAGAUGACCGUCAGCAUGGCUCAAGUCGGUGCUGAUGCCGCCAUGGUGGUGACUCCCUUUUACUACCGUGGCCGCAUGAGCAGCGCCGCCCUCAUUCACCACUACACCAAGGUUGCUGAUCUUUCUCCAAUCCCUGUGGUGUUGUACAGUGUCCCAGCCAAUACAGGGCUAGACCUGCCUGUGGAUGCAGUGGUUACAUUGUCUCAGCACCCGAAUAUCAUUGGCAUAAAGGACAGUGGUGGUGAUGUGACCAAGAUUGGGCUGAUGGUUCACAAGACCAGCAAGCAAGAUUUCCAGGUGUUGGCUGGGUCAGUGGGCUUCCUCCUGGCCAGCUAUGCUGUGGGAGCUGUUGGGAGCAUAUGUGGCCUGGCCAAUGUCUUAGGGGCCCAGGUGUGCCAGCUGGAGAGACUCUGCCUCACAGGGCAGUGGGAAGCCGCCCGGACACUGCAGCACCGCCUGAUCGAGCCCAACACUGCGGUGACCCAGCGCUUCGGGAUCCCAGGACUGAAGAAAACUAUGGACUGGUUUGGCUACUAUGGUGGUCCCUGUCGUGCUCCCUUGCAGGAGCUGAGCCCCGCCAAUGAAGAAGCCCUGCGCUUGGAUUUCAGUAACAAUGGCUGGCUCUGAUGACAAGCCGCAGACACCUGACCUGAGCUGUCUGGGACUUCUGUUCCUACAGCCUGAAGAGGAGCAGGGCAUUAGGAAUUAGAGCUUGUCUUAGUCAGUGUUCUAUUACUGUGAAGAGGCACCAUGACCCUGGUGACUCUUUUUUUUUUUUUUUUUUUCUUUUCCUUGAGACAGGGUUUCUCUUGGUAGCUUUGCACCUUUCCUGGAACUCACUUGGUAGCCCAGGGUGGCCUCAAACUCACAGAGAUCUGCCUGGCUGAGUGUUGGGAUUAAAGGCGUGUGCCACCACCGCCCGGCUCCCUGGUGGACUCUUAUAAAGGAAAGUAUUUAAUUGGGGCUGGCUUACUGUUUCAGAGGUUUAGUCUAUUAUCAUCAUGGAGGAAAGCAUGGCAGCAUGCAGGCAGACCUGGUGCUGGAGAAGUAGCUGAGAGUUCUACAUCUGGAUCCACAGGCAGGAGGAAGAGAGAAAGCCACUGGGCCUGGCUUGAGCUUCUGAAAACCUCAAAGCCCACCUUCAGUGACACACUCCCUCCAAUAAGGCCAUACCUUCUAAUUACUUCAAAUAAUGCCAUUCCCUAAACAUUUAAAUGUAUGAGCCUAUGGGUACCAUUCUUAUUCAAACCACCACAUUCCACUCCCUGGCCCCCAAAGGCUUAUAGCCAUGUUACAAUGCAAAAUGCAUUUAGUCCAACUUCAAAAGUUCCCAUAAUCUAUCACAGUCUCAAAACUGCUUAAAAGUUCAAAAUUCAAAGUCUCUUCUGAGAUGCAUGACAAUCUCUUAACUGUAACCCAGUGUAAAAUCAAAAUCAAAAAGUAGGUCACAUACUUCCAACAUACAAUGGCAAAGGAUAUACAUUACCAUCCCAAAAGGGUGGAAAGGGAGCAUAGUGGGAAAUACUGGGCCAAAGCAAGACCACAAACCAGCUGGACCAACUCCAAACUCUACAUCUCCAUAUCUGAUGACAAAGCACUCUUCAGAUCACCAACUCCUUUCAGCUUUGUUGACUGUCACACACUUCUUUCUCUUGGGCUGGUUCCACUUCCUGUUAGCAGCUCUCCUCAUCAGGUAUCCCACAGUUCUGGCAUUCCCCAACAUCUUGGGGUCUCCAAGGCAAUCCAGGCUUCACUUUCACAGCUUCAUGCAAUGGCCUCCCUGGGCCUCCAUGCAGGGACAUUCUUGACACGUCUGGCCUCAGUGGUUUUCCUUAGGUGUGGAGGGAGAUUCCACAACCGUGUAUUCUUGACUCUAAAGUCAGAACCAUGUGGCUGAAGCUGUCAAGUUCUGCUGCUUGAUGGGGCUAGAACUUGGCCCCCUCAUUCAAAUACAUUUUCACUAACUUUCUGUUUUUGAUGGUUUCCUUUACUGUGUAAGCUCUUAACUAUGUUUCAUAAGUUGAAAGCUCAGCAGGGUGGGAUCUUGCCCUGAGGUCACCACUUCCUAUUCCAAUUAGCAUCAGGAUUUUCUUUAAACUUUCUAUCUCCUUGAGCCCUGGACUUCGCUCCAUUAGACUCCCUGGUGCUCUUUUUCCUCUCAACCUGUACAUUUUAUAUUUUCCCUUGCUCUCCUUUUUUAGAUCUGCAUAAGACUGGCCACUAAUAACCACAUGACACAGUCAACAUUAGGCUGUCUGGAAAUCUCCUCUGCCAGUGCCAUUAAUAGAAAACUCUUCAGUUUAGCCUCAGGCAGAUUUUUUUAGGCAAGGGCCAAAAGCAACCACAUUUUUCAACAAAAUAUCACAAGAACAGUCUCUGGGCCACUUAAUAAUAUUCUUCUUCCCUGAAGCCUCUUGAGCUGGGCCAUCAUAAUCUACAUUGCUCUGGGCACCACUGUCUUCCAUGCUCCUAUGAGGAUGGCCCGUUAAGUCCCACUUCAAGUGUUCAACUGUUUUCCUAAUGCAAAGUCCACAUUCUGC